UAAUUAUAAUUGUAAAUUCAAAAUUCUAAAGUCGUCAACAGCAAGCCGUUGAUUCAUUCAUCUCUCCGCAGCGCAAGCUUUUCCGCCAACAUCUACUCUUUUUCUCUGAGCCCCCAAAUUCUCUCUCUCUUAAGUAAUUUGGUUAUUCCGGAGCAAUGGUGUUUCAUAAGGGCGCUUCUCUGUUGACGAAGCUGCGGUCGCGCGCUGUCCAACAGCCAGGUCUCCUCAAUUCUGUCCGCUGGUUCCAAGUCCAGACAUCCUCUGAGGUUGACCUACAUUCCCAGCUGAAGGAAUUGAUUCCAGAACAACAGGAACGCCUAAAGAAGCUUAGAUCAGAACAUGGUAAAGUUCAGCUGGGAAACAUUACUGUUGAUAUGGUACUUGGUGGAAUGAGAGGAAUGACAGGACUACUGUGGGAGACUUCAUUACUUGAUCCAGAAGAGGGAAUUCGCUUCAGGGGCUUGUCUAUUCCUGAAUGUCAGAAUUUGUUACCUGCAGCCAAGUCUGGAGGAGAACCUUUACCUGAAGGUCUCCUUUGGCUGCUUUUAACAGGAAAAGUGCCGACAAAAGAGCAAGUCGAUUCAUUAUCUAAGGAACUAAGAAAUCGUGCUACUGUCCCAGAUCAUGUUUAUAAAACUAUUGAUGCCCUACCUAUUGAUGCUCAUCCAAUGACUCAAUUUGCGACUGGUGUUAUGGCUCUUCAGGUCCAAAGUGAAUUCCAGAAGGCAUAUGAGAAAGGGAUCCAUAAGUCUAAGUACUGGGAACCAACAUUUGAAGACUCCCUUAGUUUGAUUGCUCAACUUCCAAUUGUAGCUUCAUAUGUCUACCGCAGGAUGUACAAGAAUGGGCAAGUUAUACCAAUGCACGACUCUUUAGAUUACGGAGGGAAUUUCGCACAUAUGCUGGGUUUUGAUGAUCCUGCCAUGCAAGAGCUUAUGAGGCUUUAUGUGACCAUCCAUAGUGACCAUGAAGGUGGGAAUGUCAGUGCUCAUACUGGUCAUCUGGUUGCUAGUGCCCUUUCUGAUCCUUAUCUCUCAUUUGCUGCUGCAUUAAAUGGUCUAGCUGGUCCACUUCAUGGCUUGGCUAAUCAGGAAGUCUUGCUAUGGAUUAAAUCGGUGGUAGGAGAAUGUGGGGAAAAUGUUAGCAAAGAAGAUUUGAAAAAGUAUGUCUGGAAAACAUUGAACAGCGGCAAGGUUGUUCCUGGAUUUGGACAUGGAGUUUUGCGCAAGACUGAUCCAAGAUACACAUGCCAGAGAGAAUUUGCUCUCAAGCACUUGCCAGAGGAUCCACUGUUUAAACUAGUUUCAAAUCUUUAUGAGGUAGUGCCCCCAAUACUAUUGGAACUUGGAAAGGUGAAGAACCCAUGGCCUAAUGUAGAUGCCCACAGUGGAGUAUUGCUCAAUUAUUAUGGUUUAACAGAAGCAAGAUACUACACUGUUCUUUUUGGCGUUUCAAGAGCUAUUGGCAUUUGCGCUCAGCUAAUAUGGGACCGAGCUCUUGGACUGCCGCUGGAGAGGCCAAAGAGUGUUACGAUGGAAUGGCUCGAAAAGCAUUGUAAGAAAGCUGCUUGAGCUUGAUUUGUCCUCAACAUAGAAGAAAGGCAUGGUAAUAAAUAUUUAGAAUAAUCAUUGCUUGAGAAAAAGCAUUUUUUGGGGAUAAAAUGAAGGUUGGCAUCGAGUUGAAUCUCAUGGCGUGUUUGAUUACAUUUUUUUUCUCUUAUAUUCCCAAGUGUUGAAUGCACUAUAAUGGCAAUUAUUCAUGCUUUUUGAACAUCUUUUUACUAUUUAACGAAUAUACAGCCGAUGUUGAAUGGGGCAGUUAACUGGUUUCUUCC